CUGGGCAUUCUUACAAAGACAAUAUUUUGCGCAUAGACUCACAGACUAUUGUAAAAUGCCGGAGAACUUGAAAGUCGCAGUGGUAUGUUCCAGUAAUCAAAACAGAAGUAUGGAGGCCCACAGUUUUCUCAGUAAGAGGAAUUUCAACGUGCGGUCAUUCGGAACAGGGGCCCAGGUCAAGCUGCCUGGCCCUUCUCCUAACCAGCCCAAUGUGUACGAUUUCGGCACGACCUAUGAAUACAUGUACAGGGAUCUGCUGAUGAAGGACAGAAAUUUAUAUACACAAAACGGCAUCCUACACAUGCUGGACAGGAACAAGCGGAUCAAGGAGAGGCCGGAGAGGUUCCAGGACUGCGUGGAGAGGUUUGACGUAGUGGUCACGUGUGAGGAAAGAGUCUACGACCAGGUGAUAGAGGAGUUAGAAAAUAGGGAGAAGGAAGAGUAUCAGUCCGUUCAUGUGAUAAAUAUUGAUAUUCAAGACAACCACGAAGAGGCUACACUUGGUGCCUUUAUGAUCUGUGAUUUGUGUGAAUUGCUCAAGGAAUCCGAUGACAUGGAAAAUGACGUCGACGAAAUCUUGCAUGACUUUGAGGGCAAGUGCCAAAGACCAAUCCUACACACUGUCUGUUUCUACUGAUCUGUGACGUCAUUUAACAAUUUUGUGACGUCAGUUCACUGUGUAUACGUCACAUUUUCCAGUUAUGUGCAAAAGAGUGUCUGUGGGCAGAGGGUUAAUGCAUGAAACUCCUGUCUAGUGAAGCGCAUCCUUACCGAUGUUAUUAUUCAGCCACAUUAAACGUACUCAGGGGUACAGACCCUGUUAUAGUGGGUAAAUUAUUUAGAGGUGCAGAUACGUCCAUGCUCUGCUGCCACAUACCAUGCGGAAAUAUAUAUACCCGAAGAAUCCUUGUAGAGGGAUUUCUAAAAAUGCGCACCAAGCAUUUGCGUCAACAAUCGACUGCUUUAUUUGAGGCGUUCGAUUUGUUGUGUUAAUUGACGUCGCUGAAUCUUAUAACUUAGUCUGUUGAGAGCCAUCUUCCAUGGUGCUUGGGAAGGUAAAGAGGAUGUUGGACAAAAAAAAAAUAUAUAUUAAUUGCUGGGAUUCGGCACCUGGAAGGACAUCAUAUGUGUGACAUUUGAAGCCAUGUUUUUUUCGUAUCAGGGGAACAACCGCUUGUCACCAUUAAAAUAAACGCCUACAACAUAGGCUCGUGGUGUUUUUUCAGAGGUUGAAAAGACUUCAGUCCUUCAUUAUGAUAUGCAGGUUUUUGUUAAGCUUUUUUAAAAAUUCUUAAUGAAAAUGAAGUACAAUGUUGGUAUGUGUCUGAUUUUGUACUUUCAAAGACCGGCUUUUAGUCCAGUUGACUUGGUCUAUACCAUCCCCCCGUUAAAGGCUCCAUAAUAAUUAUUUGACUCCUUCGCCUAUGCCUUCCAAUAGUCCAACCAAAUUGAUAUAUACUUAUUUGUGUAAUAGACCACUGUUUUAGUUUGUUUAACAAACCAGUAACGUGUUCUAUCGGUGUGCAAGGCCAUAUUUAGAAAUUGGACGUUUAACAACACAGCAGUUAAAAGCAGAUAUAAACAAAAACAUUCUAUCGGAGAGCAAGGCCUUAUUUAGAAAACGGGCGUAUAAUGGAGAAUAAAUUGAAGAUCUAAAAAUUACAAAAUGCAAGGCUCCAGUGGCGUGAUGUGUAUCUCUGGUCUUUACUGACCAUAUUGAAUUAGUUAAUUUUAUUGUUGAUUGGUGAAUUUAUCUUUCAGCCAUUAAUUCCUUUUUGGGAAGUAUAUUAAACCUUACGACGUUCACCAGACCGACAAAGA